AUGCUAGACUUCCUAAAACGCGCUCUGCGCAAUCCAACUCCAAAAUUAUACGGCCUUGACCAUGCCGUCCUCAACAUCCAGCUGCCACCACAGACAAUGUGGAUGAACAUGGGGUAUUGGGAGCACACGAAUGACUUCCCAGAAGCAUGCGAAGCUCUCCUAGACCAAGUCUUGAAAAUCGCCCUCUCAAAAGAGACAAUGCCCAUCAAAAUCCUAGAUGUCGGCUGCGGUUGUGGCGAUCAAUCACUACAUCUACUCAAAACCCUGAGCCACCAAACAACCAAGCCUCAAGCACCAAAUUCAGAUCAGAAUAUUCGACACCGCUCCAUCAAACAAAAGCCUCAGUCUCUCCCAGCUUUAACCUCAUAUAUCGGCAUAACACUGGAGCCGGCGCAAGCCGACCUCGCAGAACGUCGAAUCAAACAAAGCGAAAACGCCUCAAUCCCAGCAAAAGUUUUCUGCGCAGAUGCAUCCCUCCCCACAAACUGGCCGGCAGAGCUUUCCUCUCUCACAGAAUCUGCCUCAACAGACUCACAGUCAGAAUCAACCUGGCUCUUAGCUCUAGAUACAAUGUACCAUUUCCGACCCUCACGAAUCCCCCUCCUCACCCACGCAGUGAAUCUAAAGGCAUCAUUUAUGGCCUUUGAUCUUCUCCUCGGCGAUAAUGUUCGCUGGUGGGAGAAACUGAUUCUGAGAAUUGUGUGCUUGGGGACGAAUGCGCCGUUUGGGAAUUUCGUUACUGAGAAUCAGUAUUUGGAUAUGCUUGUUGGGGUUGGGUAUGCGCGGGAGGAGAUUGAGGUGCGGGAUGUUAGUCGGUUUGUCUUUGGGGGUUUGGCGGGGUUUAUUGAGGAAAGAGUUAGGGUUGGGAGGGAUUAUGGGUUGAGUCUCGGGAAGUAUAAAGUUGCGAGGUGGGUUUUCGCGUGGUGGGCUACUCGAGGGGUUGUUAGGGGGGCUGUUGUUGUUGCUAGGAGGUAG